AUGGUCCUGCCACGUGUGACUGCCCUGCUGCUCGGAUCUGUGUCGGUGGUGAGUGCCGCGGCCACGCCUGGGGACCCGUUCCCACCAGCAGUCGCAGGCGGGGGGUGGCAGUGGGUGCCAAUGCCCGGGUCGAAAUGCAUGGACGGGCAGGGGACUGGCGUGUACAUCAGGCGUGGUCACUCCGAUAGCACAAAGCUUGCGGUCUACCUCAACGGCGGCGGGGCGUGCUUCGACACCGCCACCUGCAUGAUGGCCGCUACGAAUCCACAACCUGGGAAGCCAGGGGAUAGUGGCAUCUUCAGCACCGACGAAAUGAACCCACUCCACGACUUCAACUGGAUCAACGUGCCCUACUGUACUGGAGAUGUUCACCUCGGCGCGGCAGAAAAUCAAGUUGGGGGAGCCCACCGCUACUUCCAUGGCCACGCAAACCUGCAGCUGAUCGCGGCAAGGGCAGUUGCGUCCUGGCCGAAGCUGGAGACCUUGCUCGUCACGGGCGAGAGCGCCGGCGGCUUUGGGGCCCUCGCAAGCUACGCGGUCUUCCGCGAGCGCUGGACUGCAGCUACGGGGAACUCCGAUCUCCGCGCUCUAUUGUUGGACGACUCUGGGCCGAUCAUGGAUGACGCAGCCAUCCCAGUCUGCCUGCAACAGAUCUGGCGGGAAAGUUGGAACAUCAACGCUUCCCUCGCCGCGGGGUGCCCAUCAUCGGCAGCCAGGGAAACAUAG